AUUACCGAAUGAUAUAAAAAAAGAAGAAGGUUAUUUGUUAUUAUAAUGACUUUAAAAGCUGUUUUACGUAUACUUUCUCCGGUAAAAAAGUGUGUUAAUCCCUCCAAAAACCUAUUUCUAUCGAGAUCGUUAAAUUUACGAUUAAAUAACGUUCAUCUACCGCCAUUUUCUUUACAUAACAGUCCACAAAUAAGAUAUGUUUCGACGCAAAACGAAAAAGACGUGAAACAAAUUUACUGGGGUAAUUUAACGCCACAAAUAAAAGCAGUGAAGAUUUUCUCGUUAUCUUCUAGUUUGGUGGGAGUAAUAUCCCAGCCUUUCUUAUAUAAGGAGAUAGCUUCGACGGGUAACGUGCCGGUUAUAGUAGCGGCUUAUACGGCUAUAGGAUUUUUUACAGUCGUUACCCCGAUAUUGUUACAUUUUAUAACCAAAAAAUACGUCACACAUUUGAAUUAUAAAAAAGAUACUGAUAGUUAUGUAGCGAAAACUGUUAAUUUCUUCUGCGUGACCAAAGAGACCGAAUUUACGCCCGAAGACGUAUUGGUACCAGACGUACCCGGUAUGUUUACCACUAUAAAAGUAAAGGGUAAACCCAUGUUCAUAGAUCCGAGGAUGUUCGAUUAUCCCGAACAUUACGCCAGGAUAAUGGGUUAUGACAAACCGUUGGAUUUAAAAUUGUAUCGAACGUCCGAAAAUAAAAAAUAAUUUUUUCCCUCGUUUUUUUUAUCGCCCCGUACAUCAAUUUAAUAAAAAACCACUUCGUUUUCCUCACCCUGUAUGUUAAUUUAAUAAAAAAACAAUGUCUACACACCCUGUAUAUUAAUUUAAUAAAAAAUCAAUUUUUACACACCUUGUAUGUAAAUUUAAUAAAAUCCGUUCUUUUUCCUCACCCUGUGCGUUAAUCUAAUGAAAAAUCAAUUUUUACAUACCCUGUAUGUUAAUUUAAUAAAAUCAGUUCUUUUUCUCGCCCUGUAUGUUAAUUUGAUAAAAUCAGUUCUUUUUUUUCACCCUGUAGUUAAUUUAAUAAAAACGCAAAUUUUACACACCCUGUAUAUUGAUUUAAUAACUUAUUUGUUCCUCGCCCUGUAUGUUACUUUAAUAAAAACGCAAUUUUUACACACUGUAUAUGAAUUUAUUGAAAACAGUCUUUUUUUUCUCGCCCUGUAUAUUAGUUUAAUAGUGACGUACUUAUUUUUACUACCCCAGUAUAAUGACUAAUAGAAACGCAAUUUUUUCUAACACUAUAUGUUGAUUAAUAAUAACGAAAUUAUAUUUUUUCCACCCUGUAUAUUAAUCAAUAAGAACCCACUUUCGCUUACCUCUACUAAGAUCGAACUUGUUUCUCCGCACCCUGUAUGUUGUUGUCCCUCACCCUAUAUGUAAAAUUUAAUACCAACGCAGUAAUUUUUUCUCACCCUGUAUAUUAAUAAGUAAUAAAACGCAAUCCAAUAUUUAUAUAUAUAUAUAUAUUUUUAUUGGUUUCGACUGUACCUGCCAGUUUAUUCGGCAUUACAAUUUCAACAUGGCACACUGUACAUUAAUAAUAAUCUGUAAAUAUAUAUAACUGUACAUAUAUAUCUAUAUAUAUAAUAAUAAUAAUUUGGUUGUUUACCAAUUUUUUUUUAUUUAAAGAUUCUCCAUGUAUAUAUAAUAACAUUCUGGAAGGUGAGUUUAUGUCGUCACGCUUCGCGCAAGGCACUUCGCUAAAUUAAAAUAACAGAAUUUGUCUUUUCAUCGUUGCAUUAGGGGGAUUCGAUCACUUUUUAUACGAAAAAUCGUGUCGUUUUUCAAAAUUCUUUGUAUUAUUUAAAUUACCAAUUUUUGGAAAACCCUGUAUUCAAUCAAAUUCGUUAGAGGAUAUAAAAAGGAAAUGACGUAAAAUCUUCUUCUUUUUUAUUACGUAUUUGACGUAUUUAAAUGCGGUCCCGUUCUUUCUACAACCAUGUCGAAUAUUAAUUGUAUUGUAUAUACGAGGGAGAAGGAAAAUAAAUUGAGGAGAGAAAUUUGGAACUAGAAUUUCUAUUAAAUAAUGUACGAGGGACAAUAAAAAGAUAAAAAAAAUGUCUAGGAAAUGAAUAACUGAGGAAAUUUUUACUAAAAUACGUUGAAUUAUAUACGAGGAUCGAUUGAAAAGCAACUGAACCGAACAAAAUACAAAAUUAGAGAAAAACUGAAAUUAGAAAUAGUUUCUUUAAUGAAAAAAUGAAAUGUAGGCUCUAAUAAGCUGCUUUAUGGAAAGAUUUUCAUUAAAUAUAAUACGAGGGAUGAUUAAUAUGAUGAAGAAACAAUCUGAAGAAGAAUUAAAACAAAAGAAAGCAAGAAAAAUGGAUAUAUUCAAAGUGAAAAUAGUUUUUUGGCAAAAGAAUAAAAUUUAGAAUUAAGUAAACUGCGUUUUCGAGAGAUUUUCAUGAAAUAAUGUACGAGGGGAAAAAAGAUAAAGAAACACUUGGUGAAGAAAAGCAGGAAAAUGGAUAUAUUCUAAGGGAAAGUUAUUUUUUGAUACAAAAACGAAAUGCACAUCGAAAUAAACUGCAUUUUUGAAAUAUUUUCUUUAGUUUAUAUACGAGGGAGGACAAAAAAAUAAAAAAACAGACUGUGAAGACAACAGAGCCAGAAAAAAUAGAAAUAUUCGAAACAAAAGUAGUUAUUUGACAAAAAAACGAAAUUUAAGAGUUGAAAUUGUACGAGGGAGGAUGAAAAAGUUGAAGAAAAAGUCUUGGGAAGAGAAGAAAGCAUAAAACAAUGAAAAUAUUUGACGGAAAAGUUGUUUUUUCAUAUAAAAACGGAAAUGAGCUGCAUAUUCGAAAGAUUUUCAUGGAAUAAUAUACGAGGGCGGGUUAAUAAAUCAACUGAAUCAAGGGAAAUUGAAAAAAAUUGUUAUAGUUGGUGGUAGGAGUAGAUAUUUUGUGAAAAAAGCUGAAUUUAGAUUAAAAUUAUCAAUAUUUUCGAAAGAUUCUGAUUAGAUAAUAUACGAGGGACGAUAAAAAAGCAAAUAAAUAAUCGGGAAAGGGGUAUGAAGUUUUUAAAGGAGUUAGAAGAAAUCUCUUGGGAUAAGGGAAAUAAAAAUCCGAAAAAACUGUAGGAAAACUACCGGAUGAAAGGAAAUGAACCGGAAAUAUGGCAAGUGGGGAAAAACUUGAUGUUUUUUCAUGAAAGAUUGAAUUUUUUAACAUUAAAUCGGAUUUUGGGCUAACGAUUUUUUACAAAAAUUUAAUACUAUAAGAAAGAAAUUUGGAUUUUUGCUUAAAUUUCAAUUUAUUUAUGACAAAUUUCGUUUUUUGUGAAUAAUUUGAUUGUUUUAUAAAAGAUUUGGAUUUGCUGCGAAAAAUUUGAUUUUUAUUAGAAAAAAUUUGGAAUUUUCAGCUAAAAAUUUGAUUAUUUUAUGAAAUAUUUGAAUUUUGCCGCCAAAAAUUCGAUUUUUUAAAAAAAAAUAGGAUUUCUGACUGAAAUUUUGGUGUUUUUUUUGGAAGAUUUCGAAUAUUUCCGCCAAAAUUUUGAUUUCUUUAGAAAAAACUUUGGAUUUUACUGCGAAAAAUUUAGUUUUUCCAAGAAAAGUUAAGGUUUUUAGCAAAAAUUUGAAUAUUUUCUGAAAUAUUUGGAUUUUGUCGUCAAAAUUUUGACUCCUUUUGGAAAAAAUUUAGAUUUUCGACUUUUUUAAUGUUUUUUUGAAAGAUUUCGGAUAUUUUCGCCAAAAUUUUGAUGUCUUUGUGACAAAUUUCGAUUUUUUGUGGAAAAUAUCAUUGUUUCAUGAAAUAUUUGGAUUUUUGGCCAAAAAUUCGAAUUUUUCCAAGAAAAAAUUGGAUUUUUGACAAAAAAUUUUUAGAUUUCUAACCACAACCUUUAAUUUUCAACAAAAAAAAUUUGGAAAAAGUGAGAAUAUCCAAAAAUAUGUCGCGGGAAACGUAAAAGCAGCGAUUCCCACCAUUCAAUUAUAUACAGGGCUAUCGAAAAAUCAAAUUCCGUCGAACGUCGAACCCCCCUUGGAACAAAAACAAAACAUCUCGAACGAUAUUCGAAUCGAUGACUUCACGCGAUUACUCAUUAUCACAUUCAAUUUUAUUGCACUCGAUCAACAUUUUCCGAUAAAACGAUUCGAAAAUCGCCCAAAAUUCCGAUUAAAAAAUUCCCCGUACCCCCCUCCCCCCUCCCUACUAAAAAGACAUGGAAGGAAGAGUAACCACGUUCCACAUUUAUAUUUUACUGUAUCACAGCCGAGAGGAUUUACAUGGAAAAUAUUUUAAAUGUCAAUAAAAUCCGGGCGAAGCUACGGUUUCUAGUGUCAUUAAAACAAAAAACAAAUUUUCGUACCACCCCCCGUAACUAAUUGGACCAUUUCGAACUGAAACCGAUCCUGCAGCGCCAAUAAAAGAAGUUUACGUAAAACCCCCGUAAGUAAUCGAAAUAAUCGAGUCGUUAGAAGACUUUUUCGUACAACCCCGGUAUGUAUCGGAACGAUAUUCGAACUGAAAUCGAUCCUGGAACGUCAAUAAAAAGCAGUUUA